GCUAACAAUUUUUUUUCCCUCCCCCUUUCUUUGCAAUCCGUGUCUCAGUCAAAGAGGGAUCCCGCGCUGGGUGUGCUCGGCGAUUCCUAGCGGGGGACGGACUCGAGGCUGCCGCCGCCGCCGCUGCUUCUUCUCCUUUGAAAGAAGAUCCCCAACAGAUAGCCCCAACCCCCCCCCCCCGCCCCGAGAAGGAGGAGGCGGGCGGAGAGCGAGCGAGCGAGGCAGCCUUCGGAGGGGGAAAUUGAUCGCCGCUGGGUCCCUCCGCAACGGUGCCGAGCUGCUGGGUUGCAGGCGAGAGACCAGCGGAGAGGGCGCUGCCGGAGCCCCGAGCCGGCCAGGCGGCGGAGGGCACGAGGCAACCCGGCUGGGCGCCCUCCAUGUGCGCUGCUGGGGCAGGCAGCCCUGCCCGCUGGCGGCGCUUCUCGGAGCCCAGCGCGGCGGGCCGGCUGCGGGGCUCCAUGCGGGGACUGAGCGCCGCCGUCACCUGUUCGCCUCUCCGCUCGUAGAUCGCCGCCGGGGAGCACCCGGGAGCCAGCGGACUGCAGCGCCGGGGACGCAGCAUGGGCUGGCCGGGCCGGAUCGCCGUGCAGCUGCUGCUGGGGGUCCUGCUGCCCGCCCAGAGAGCCGCCGGCCAGCCGCAGGGCAGGAGCAACGUGCCGCGCCUCAAGCUGCCCUACAAAGAAAUGUUUGACUCAAACAAUCUAGUCACUUUCAGUGGUCUGGCCAAUAGCUCCAGUUACCACACGUUUCUUUUGGAUGAGGAGAGGAGUCGACUCUUCGUUGGAGCAAAGGAUCACAUAUUUUCUUUCAACCUAGUCAACAUCAAGGAGUAUAAAAAGAUUGUCUGGCCCGUCUCUCCUGCCCAUAGGGAUGAAUGCAAGUGGGCUGGAAAAGAUAUUCUGAAAGAAUGUGCCAACUUCAUCAAAGUGCUUAAGACUUAUAACCAAACACACUUGUAUGUCUGCGGAACUGGAGCUUUCCAUCCAGUGUGCACAUAUGUUGACGUUGGAGGACAUCCUGAGGACCAUAUUUUUAAACUAGAAGAUUCACAUUUUGAAAACGGCCGAGGAAAAAGCCCCUACGACCCCAAAUUGGUGACAGCGUCUCUUUUAAUAGAUGGGGAACUCUAUUCAGGAACUGCGGCAGACUUCAUGGGCAGAGAUUUUGCCAUUUUUCGUACCCUGGGGCACCACCAUCCAAUCAGAACAGAGCAGCAUGACUCCCGGUGGCUUAACGACCCACGGUUUAUUAGCACGCAUCUGAUCCCAGAAAGUGACAACCCAGAAGAUGACAAGAUCUACUUUUUCUUCCGUGAAAAUGCAAUCGAUGGAGAACAUUCUGGGAAAGCCACACAUUCCCGAAUAGGGCAGAUCUGUAAGAAUGACUUUGGUGGCCACAGAAGUCUUGUCAACAAGUGGACAACAUUUCUCAAGGCCCGCCUCAUUUGUUCCGUCCCAGGUCUCAAUGGCAUUGAUACACAUUUUGACGAGCUCCAGGAUGUGUUUCUAAUGAACUCAAAAGACCCUAAAAAUCCAGUGGUCUAUGGAGUAUUUACAACUUCCAGUAACAUCUUCAAAGGAUCGGCAGUGUGCAUGUUCAGCAUGACUGACGUGAGGCGAGUGUUCCUGGGUCCAUAUGCUCACCGAGAUGGACCCAACUACCAAUGGGUUCCCUACCAAGGAAGAGUGCCAUACCCAAGGCCGGGAACAUGUCCAAGUAAAACAUUCGGUGGCUUUGACUCUACUAAGGACCUUCCCGAUGAAGUCAUUACAUUUGUAAGAAGCCACCCAGCUAUGUACAACCCUGUAUUCCCCAUCAAUAACCGCCCUGUCAUGAUCAAAACCGAUGUGGAUUACCAGUUCACACAAAUUGUCGUCGAUCGGGUGGAUGCUGAGGACGGCCAGUAUGACGUCAUGUUCAUUGGAACAGAUAUGGGGACUGUUUUGAAAGUUGUUUCUAUUCCUAAAGAAACUUGGCAUGAUUUGGAGGAAGUUUUACUAGAAGAAAUGACAGUCUUUCGGGAACCCACAGCUAUUUCAGCCAUGAAGAUUUCCACAAAGCAGCAACAGCUCUACAUCGGCUCAGCUGUCGGUGUUUCCCAGCUUCCCUUACACCGCUGUGACGUGUAUGGGAAAGCCUGUGCCGAGUGCUGCCUCGCUCGGGACCCCUACUGCGCAUGGGACGGCUCCUCCUGCUCUCGCUACUUCCCCGCGGCAAAGAGGCGCACGAGACGGCAAGAUAUUCGGAAUGGAGAUCCUCUUACACAGUGCUCGGAUCUACAGCAUCAUGAUAAUCCAAGUGGACAUGGGCUUGAAGAGAAGAUUAUCUAUGGAGUAGAGAACAGUAGUACUUUCCUGGAGUGCAGUCCAAAAUCUCAGCGUGCUCUGGUCUAUUGGCAAUUCCAAAAGCAAAAUGAGGACCGCAGGGAAGAGAUCAAAGUAGACGACCGUUUAAUCAAGACAGACCAAGGUCUUCUGCUACGGAGCUUACAGCGGAAAGAUUCAGGCAUUUAUUUGUGUCAUGCUGUAGAGCACGGCUUCAUACAAACACUUCUCAAAGUGACCUUGGAGAUCAUAGACACAGAACACCUUGAGGAGCUGCUUCAUAAAGAGGAAGAUGGUGACAGUUCCAAGAUCAAGGAUGUUUCCAACGGCAUGACCCCGAGCCAGAAGGUCUGGUACAGAGACUUCAUGCAACUCAUCAACCACCCCAAUCUGAACACAAUGGAUGAGUUCUGUGAGCAGGUGUGGAGAAGGGACCGCAAACAGCGCCGGCAAAAGCCCAGCAAUGCCCAAGUGAAUCCAAACAAAUGGAAGCAUCUACAGGAGAACAAGAAAGGUAGGAACAGGAGGACCCAUGAAUUUGAGAGAGCACCACGAAGUGUCUGAUCUCCAAUUACCUCUAAGAACUUCCUCCAAGUUGAAACUUGCAUAGACAGAGUAACUGGAAAUGAAAUGCAAUUUAUAUGAACUUUUCCAUGGCUUUUGCGUGGAUGUUUACAAAGAGCUGGGAAGCUCACACAAUUUCCACCUGAUUUAAAAUGAACCCAGUUCAAACCUUCCUAUUGGACCUGUCCCACCAAUCCCUAGGGUUUCAAGGACACAAACUUACUCUGGAACUAACUUAUUGUUUAGUGGAUUCUGUAGUGAGACUGGGCAUUUCCCGUUGUCCUGAGGAAUAAAAAUAUCAUCUGACAUGCUGCCAUUUUGAAAAGGAAUUAUAAGAAAAAGAGACAUAACUGUCAUCAGCAAUUCUACUUUUUCUUGAACUUGCCUAGAACCUGCAUGGACUUGUAAAGCUGAUGGACACCUUUCCACUUGGUUGUGCACAAGUACUUUUUUGGUUUGGUUUGGUUUACCCAUUCUCUUUUUUAUAUAUGUACUGGAAGUAUGAAAUCAAUACUGUAUGCAAUUGCCUAUCAGAGUCAGAUCUCCGUCAAUCAUUUGUUAGCAGAAGCAACAGCAACAGGAAUUGGAAUGCUCUGACCUACUACUGAUGACUUCCUUCCCUAACCUUUUGCCUAAAGAUAUAUUUUAUUAAAGCUAUAAUUUAAAUGUACCACAGAAAUACACAGUCAAAAGAGCUCUUUUCAAUAGAGAAAAAAAUAGAAUAGGCCUUUUGUCUGAUCAUAUUCUAUUAUUCUAAUUUUUAGUUUUAAUUUUUUUUUAGGGAAAAGCAGAUUACACAGUUUCAGUUGCUCAGCUUUGGUUUAUGUUGUUGUUGUUGUUUGGGAAAAUUAUUAUGAAAAGUAAGCCAAUCAAGCUUCUACUUAGCAGGCAUUCUCUAUUAUGGGUAAUUUCCACCUAAAUGACCUAUUCGGGCAAAAGCUUAUCCAUAUAUGUCUUUCAUUGUUUUUCCCUAAUAGUUUGAUAUGAAAUACUUCAACAUGUAACACUUCCACACAAAAAGAAACAGAUUCUGAAAUUCUGACAACUGAGGGAAAUUUAAUUGAUUUAAGCUGUAUAUUUUCUUUUGAUUUCCAAAGACUGUGAAUAACAUUAAAAUAUUUUCUCUGUUCAUGACCUUAGGUGGAUGACAAAAAAUGGAACUCUGUAGGUUAUGGAAUCUGAUUGAUUGCUAUUAUGUUAGUUGUAUCAAGAACAUGCCCCCAGAAUCCUGUGUGAUGCACAGUGAUUCUGGAACGUACAAGUCACUGUGGCAAGUAUUCUCUGGAAUUGGAAACUCCUAAAACCACUGCGUUAGCUGAGCAUUGACCCCAGUCCAAGAAGUUACAGGGACAGCAAAAACAUACACAGAAAUUUCAGCGCCCACAGGUAAAACAGUAGCUACUGCACAAGUUUCAGGGACGUUGAAUCUAUAUGAAAUAUCUGUGGGUUAUUACAUUGAUGGAUGAGAAGUUUCUUCUCCUGGCAUGGCGGGGUUUUUGUGUAGAGGUAUUAGCAAAUGUUACCACCACAGGAAGAUUGUUGCCCAUACAUAAAGGCGAUGUACAUCUCAAA